ACACAAGUUCUCAUCCCCAAAAAAAGUGUAGUCUUUUUAAUUAGACCUAAAAAGAAGAAAAAAAAUGCAGUUCUUGGCGGUUCACCAAUUUUCUCCAUCAUCAGUCUCUAUUUGCAGUAGUAAUUUUAGUAGUCGACUUAGACCAAAAAAAUCUAAUAGUACUAUUAUUACUACUACUGCAAGAGCAAGGGCAAUAUCAAGAUCAAGUGCUUGCUACCCCACCCAAUGUACUGUGGUCAAUAGGACUGGUUCUAAUCCUAUUGAUCGAAGAUCAGCCAACUAUGAACCUUCCAUUUGGUCUUUUGAUUAUAUUCAGUCUCUUACAAGCCAAUAUAAGGGCGAGCCCUAUACAAGUCGAGUGAAUAAGCUCGAGGGAGAUGUGAAAAGGAUGCUUGUUGAGAUGGAAAACUCUUUAGCUCAACUUGAGCUCAUUGAUACAUUGCAAAGACUUGGAUUAUCUUACCGUCUUGAGGAUGAAAUAAAAACUAUUUUGGAGAAAAAAAUUCCCUAUAAUAUGAAUAACCCUAAUUAUAAUUUAUAUGCCAUUGCUCUUGAAUUUAGGCUCCUACGCCAACAUGGCUAUGCAGUACCUCAAGAAAUUUUUAAUAUUUUUAAGGACGAGACAGGUAAAUUCAAAGCAAGCAUAAGUGAUGAUAUUAUGGGAGUAUUGGCCUUGUACGAAGCUUCAUUCUAUGAGAAAAAAGGUGAACCUAUUUUGGAGGAAGCUAGGGUUUUCUCAACCGAAUGUCUCAAAAACUACUUGAUGAAUAAUAAUGAUCAUGAUUAUAAUUAUAAUUAUAAUAUCCAAGUUAUGAGUCAUGCCUUGGAGCUUCCACUUCAUUGGAGGACCACAAGAACAGAAGCCAAGUGGUUCAUCCAUGUAUAUGAAAAAAAACAAGACAUGAAUUCCACUUUGCUUGAGUUUGCCAAACUAGAUUUCAACAUGAUACAAUCCACACAUCAUGAGGAACUUAAACAUAUAUUCAGGUGGUGGAAGCAUACUAAACUCGGAGAGAAAUUGAAUUUCGCAAGAGAUAGAUUGAUGGAGUGUUUCUUAUGGAAGGUUGGAGUAAGAUUUGAGCCAAAAUUCAGUUAUUUUAGAACAAUAACUGCCAAAUUAUAUGAGCUAAUAACAUUAAUUGACGAUAUAUAUGAUGUUUAUGGAACAUUGGAGGAGUUAGAGCUUUUCACUAAUGCUGUUGAGAGAUGGGAUGUGAAAAUGAUAAAUGAGUUACCUGAUUAUAUGAAGAUGCCUUUCCUUGUUUUACACAAUACCAUAAAUGAAAUGGUAUUUGAGGUAUUAAGAGACCAAGAUAUCGCCAUCAACAUUGAAUACCUCAAGAAAACGUGGGUAGACAUGUGUAGAAGUUUUCUUCAAGAAGCAAAAUGGUACUAUAGUGGAUACACACCAACACUGCAAGAAUAUAUUGAUAAUGCUUGGAAAUCAGUAGGAGGACCGGUUCUUAUUGUUCAUGCUUAUUUCUCUCAUCCAAAUCACACUAUAACCAAUGAGGUCUUGGAAUGCUUGGAAGAAGGUUAUCCCCCCAUAGUUCGUCAGUCAGCCAUAAUUUUACGACUUGCAAAUGAUCUAGCAACAUCAUCUGAGGAAAUCAAAAGAGGCGACGCCCCUAAAUCAAUUCAAUGUUACAUGCAAGAAACUAAUGUAUCUGAAGAAGAAGCUCGUCAGCAUAUAAAGUUUUUGAUAAGUGAAACAUGGAAAGAGAUGAAUAAUCCAGAAGGAUUAUGUGCAAGCUCAUCAAUGAUUGAAGAUGCCAGAAACUUUGCUAGGAUGGGACUAUUUAUGUAUCAACAUGGUGAUGGACACAGUUCUCAGGAUAACCGAUCAAAAGAACGAAUUUCAGAGUUGAUUAUUAAACCUAUCCCCUAAUAAGUAAAAGUAAUUAAUGAUCAUUAUAUAUAUAAUUUCAUGAAUCUAAUAUAUAAAGUAAUUCCACUAUGUGUAUGCAUAUGUCAUUUUAUCUACAAUCGUGAUAAUGGACUUGCUACUGUUCUAAAAUAAAGAAAAUAAAGCAAGAAUUGUAACAAUAAAGAUAUAAAGAGUGAUAUGAAAGUAUACAUUCUACUUUUCUUUAAA